AUGGAUGACAAAGUAUUAGGUAUUCUUGGUGGGGGCCAGCUUGGUCGUAUGGUCCUUGAGGUUGCUAAUCGCUUGAACAUAAAAACAUAUAUUUUAGAUAGUGGUAUUAAUACAUCGGCAAAACAAAUAUCUAAUUCUACUGAACAUAUUGAUGGUUCGUUCAAGGAUGCUGAGUCUAUCAAAAAGCUUUGUGAAAAAUCCGAUGUGAUCACCAUUGAAAUUGAACACAUUAAUGCUGAUAUAUUAAUUGAUAUUCAAAAAUCAAAACCCAGCUUGAAAAUCUUCCCAUCACCAAAGAUUAUCAAGUUGAUCCAAGAUAAAUAUAUUCAAAAAAUUCAUUUUAUUCAUAAUGAUAUCAAUGUUGCCGAAUCUGCCUCUGUCGAAAAAAGCGAGGAGUCAUUGAUAAAAAUCGGCGGGAAGUUUGGAUAUCCCUUCAUGUUAAAAUCUAGAACCUUGGCUUAUGACGGUAGAGGAAAUUUUGUUGUUAAUUCCAAAGAAGACGUUCCAAAGGGCUUGGAGUUUUUAAAAAACAACAAUUUAUUAUAUGCCGAAAAAUGGUGUCCAUUUAUCAAGGAGCUUGCAGUUAUGGUUGUUUUAACCCAGGAUGGAAGUGUUCAUACAUACCCAACAGUUGAAACUAUUCACAAAAACAAUAUAUGCCAUAUUGUUUAUGCACCUGCCGAAGUAUCUUCUAAGAUUCAAGUUGCAGCCCAGGAAUUGGCCAAGAAGGCUGUCGGUUCUCUUAAAGAAGCUGGUGCUGGUAUUUUUGGUGUAGAAAUGUUUCUUUUAGAGGACGGAGAGCUUCUUAUCAAUGAAAUAGCUCCAAGGCCUCACAAUUCAGGCCAUUAUACUAUUGAUGCGUGUGUUUGUUCUCAAUUCGAAGCACAUAUCAGAGCAGUUAUGGGGUUGCCAAUUCCAGAAGGCGCUACUUCAUUUUCAACAAACACCACUAAUGCUAUCAUGUUAAAUGUUAUUGGGUUUAAAGAGCCAAAUGGAGAGUUGAAGGCUUGUCAUAGAGCAUUUGAAACGGCAGGUGCAUCUGUUUAUCUCUAUGGUAAAUCAAGCAGACAUGAGAGAAAAGUUGGGCAUAUCAAUAUUGUGGGUAGUUCAAUGGAAGAAAACAAGAAGAAGUUGGAUUAUAUAAUGAGUGGUGUUUCAUCAAAGGUUCCAAGUUCAAUUGCUGGAACAUCAAAAACGCCCUUAAUUGGUGUUGUUAUGGGAUCAGAUUCAGAUUUACCUGUGAUGGCAGUUGGAGCCAAUAUUCUCAAAAAAUUUAACAUUCCAUUUGAGCUUUCAAUAGUUUCUGCGCACCGAACACCAUUGCGUAUGGUGGAAUAUGCUAAAGGUGCUGGAGAUAGAGGGUUGAAGGUUAUUAUUGCAGGAGCUGGUGGUGCAGCCCAUCUUCCAGGUAUGGUUGCAGCUAUGACUACAUUGCCAGUUAUAGGUGUUCCUGUUAAAGGGUCGAGUCUCGAUGGAGUUGACUCAUUAUAUUCAAUUGUUCAAAUGCCCCGAGGUAUUCCAGUUGCAACGGUUGCAAUUAACAACUCGACCAAUGCUGCGUUAUUGGCUAUUAGGAUUUUGUCUUCAUUUAUUCCUGAGUAUAGAGAGCAAAUGGAAAGAUAUAUGGCAGAGAUGGAAAAGGAAGUGAAUGGGAAAAUUGAAAGAAUUGAAAGCAUUGGAUAUGAGGCGUAUCUUAAAUAG